CAGAUUUAAUGAGCCAUUUGCAGUUUCACAAUCUGAAUUAGUUCAUAACUAAACGUGCAAGACUUAAACUUAAAAACUUAAGACCUUCCUCCCUAGAGGAAUUGCAUCUGAUUUGAAACUGAUGGGUUUGUUGUUCCACAGCAAGAAGAAUGGCAUGGAGGCAGAUUAUACUGCAACCAUACUCAGCUCCUUUAUUUGCUAGAUUCUUUUCUAAAUCUACCCCAUAUGUCGUAAAGGUCGGAAUACCAGAGUUUUUAAAUGGUGUUGGGUAUGGGGUUGAGUCACAUGUGCCUAAACUUGAAUCAGAGAUUGGUGACUUCCCGAAGCUGCUUGAUACUCGCACACUUGAGCUCAAAAAACUUGGAAUUCCAUGCAAACAUAGGAAGCUGAUAUUGAAGUACACACAUAAGUACAGGCUUGGACUAUGGAGGCCCCGAGCUGAUUUGGUGAAGGCCUGAUGGUUUUAACAAUGGGUUCAUGAGGUGAAUUGAAUGAUUUGGCUGAUCCUUGGACCUCAGUUUGAAUUGAAUUGAAUGAUUCU